UCCAGAUACGAAGAUGCAAUCAAGACUUUGAACGAUGCCAUUAAUUUCAAUCCUAACCGGGCCGGAUUAUCCUUACUCGGCUAUUGCUAUUUUAGAACCCAAUCAUUCGUAGAAGCAGCGAAUUGCUAUGAACAACUAACCGCUAUGCAUCCCGAUGUUUCUGAGUACAAAUUUUAUUUUGCUCAAGCACUCUACGAAGCGUCAAUGUUCGACGAGGCAUACAAAAUUACUAUACAAAUAACAGCACCUGAAUUAGAGAAAAAUGUAACAAAAUUACAAUCCGCUAUUAAAUACGGCGAAGAAGAUACAAUAACAGCAAAAAGUCUUGUCGAUUCAUAUCCUCAAGACGACGUAGAUAAAGAUAUCAACUUAGGAUGUUUGUUAUACAAAGAAAAUCAAUAUGAAGAAGCGUUACAAAAGUUUUCGAGAAGCCUAAACAUAUUAGGCUUUAACGCCCAUUUGCAUUACAAUGUGGCUUUAUGUUACUUCAGACUGAAAGAGUAUCCUCAAGCCCUGAAGCACAUAACCGUGGUUAUUGAAAAGGGGAUAAGGGAUCAUCCCGAAUUAGCAGUAGGUAUGCAGGCUGAAACGUCAGAGGUGAAAUCGGUCGGUAACACGUUGACGCUUCAUGAAACAGCAUUGACUGAAGUAUUUAAUUUAAAAGCUGCUAUCGAAUAUCAAUUGAAGAAUACUGAAGCAGCUAGAGAAGCGUUGUCCGAUAUGCCUCCUAGACACGAACAUGAAUUAGACGCUGUUACAUUGCAUAAUUUGGCUCUCACAUCAAUCGAUGUUAAGCCAAAUGACGGAUUCGAAAAACUCCACUUCUUACUUCAGCAAGAUCCUUUUCCACCAGAAACUUUUGCUAAUUUACUGCUUUUAUACUGCAAGUUUGAGUACUACGAUCUUGCUGCGGAUAUAUUAGCUGAAAACGCACAAUUUACGUACAAAUAUUUGACGCCAUAUUUAUACGAUUUCUUAGACGCUAUAAUAACUAGCCAAACUUCGCCCGAGGAAGCCUUUCAAAAAUAUGAAGACAUUGCUUCAAAGCAUGCAGAACAAUUAAGAAAACUUACAAAAGUUGUACAAGAGAGCCGAUCUCAGGGAGACAAUGACCAAGUUAAAAAAGCUGUAGUUGAAUAUGAAGAAGCUUUAGAAAGAUACAUUCCAGUAGUAAUGGCUCAAGCCAAAAUAUAUUGGGACAUGGAAAAUUAUGGUCAAGUCGAAAAAAUAUUUCGAAAAUCCGUCGAAUUUUGCAACGAAUCCGAUGUAUGGCGCUUAAAUGUAGCGCACGUUCUAUUUAUGCAAGAAAACAAAUACAAAGAAGCCGCUAGCUUCUAUGAACCAAUCGUAAAAAAACAGUACGAUAACAUUUUAGAUGUAAGCGCAGUAGUUUUAGCGAAUUUAUGUGUGUCCUACAUCAUGACUUCUCAAAAUGAAGAAGCUGAAGAUAUUAUGCGGAAGAUUGAAAAGGAGGAAGAACAGCAAAUAUUUGAAGAUCCCCAUAAGAAAUUCUAUCAUUUAUGUAUUGUUAAUCUAGUAAUAGGGACUCUCUAUUGUGCUAAGGGCAAUUACGAAUUCGGUAUUUCAAGAGUAAUCAAAUCCUUAGAACCUUUUAACAAACGCUUGGGCACUGAUACGUGGUUUUACGCAAAGAGAUGUUUUUUAUCUUUCUUAGAAAAUCUGGCAAAGCACUUGAUCGUUGUUAAGGACAAUACAAUCAAGGAUUGUUUGCAAUUUCUCGAAGGUUCUGAAACUUACGGCCGAAGUGUCAGUACAGUUAUUGAAACGCCUUUCCAAGAGGAAGACGCAAAUAAUAAAGCUAAACAAACAGUUACAUACGAGUCUCGACUUUUACGUUACAUGUUUUUUAAAUUACGAAGCAUUGAUGAUUCUGUUACGAUUAAUAAAUAUGAAGAUUUAAAAUAAAUAAAAUAUGUUCUUACUCUUU